AUGACAUCUGCCACACCUCCUUCCUCUCGUAGCUCCUCCCCUCAGAAGGUGUGCCACUCCCAAACACAGACCGAUGUUUUAAAGCCCUUACUGGGUGGUGGCUUAUCCGGUGGGGGUGGGACUCUGAGGAAGAGGAGGCGUGUCCUGUCCAAAGAUGGGCGUAGCAACGUGCGCAUCGAGCACGUCAGCGGACGGAAUGCUCUGUACAUGCGGGACCUCUGGACAACAUUUCUGGACAUGCAGUGGCGCUACAAGUUGUUCCUGUUCACGGCCACGUUUGCGGGGACAUGGUUCCUGUUCGGGGUGCUGUGGUAUCUGAUGGCACUGGUGCACGGAGACCUGCUUGAGUUCGACCCCCCAUCGAACCACACCCCCUGUGUGAUGCAGAUGCAGACCCUGACGGGGGCUUUCCUCUUCUCCCUGGAGACCCAAACCACCAUUGGUUAUGGUUUCCGUUGCAUCACUGAGGAGUGUCCCGCAGCCAUCAUCCUCCUCAUAGUCCAGCUCGUCAUCACCAUGCUGAUGGAGAUUUUCAUCACUGGUACUUUCCUGGCCAAGGUUGCUCGGCCAAAGAAGCGAGGUGAAACGGUGAAGUUUAGCCAACAUGCUGUGGUGUCGACCCACGAAGGCCGACCCUGCCUGAUGAUCAGGGUGGCCAACAUGCGCAAGAGUCUCCUGCUCGGCUGUCAGGUGAGUGGAAAACUGCUCCAGACAUCUCUGACCAAGGAAGGGGAGACAGUUCGUCUGGACCAGAGGAACGUUCCCUUCCAAGUGGACACGUCUAGCGACAGCCCCUUCCUCAUCCUGCCCCUCACCUUCUACCACCUCAUCGAUGACAACAGCCCCCUGCGAGCCUGGGCAGACAAGGGUGGAGGCUGGACAGACCCAGAUUUGGCAGACUUUGAGCUGCUGGUCAUCAUGAGCGCUACAGUUGAGCCGACCUCGGCCACCUGCCAGGUUCGCACCUCUUACCUGCCCGAUGAGAUUCUUUGGGGUUAUGAGUUUCCACCUGUAGUCUCCCUUUCCCCAUCAGGCAAAUACGUAGCGGACUUUGCCUUCUUCGACAAAGUGGCCAAAACCAAGACCACGCCCAUCUUCAAACCAUCCAGCCCCCAGCAUGGGUACCAGAGCAACGGGGGGGCUGUGUCUGAGGGGUCCGAUCCAGAGAAGAUCCGUCUGGAGCAGAGUUACAGGGAGAGAGGGGAGGAACGUGGCCGUGUCAGAGACACUCCUCUCAGUGUUCGCAUCAGCAAUGUGUGAACAGAUGAAAUGGUUGAGAAGGGAGCGUGUCCUAGAGAGCAACACGCAGGAGACAGCCAAGUGCAAUGUCAAUAGCAAAUUAAUCAAACAUAUACAAAACAACUCUGGAGACUGUCUUCUUAGACUGUUUUAACUUUUGAAAGAUAUCUAUGCCCCAGAAGCACCAGAUGAUGCAGAAAGGAAAUAUGGAAGACUGGACUACUGUAUGGUCAACUUCAAGUUUGUCAUUGUUAUACAUUUGCUGGGAUGACUUAUGUUUUACACUGGUUUGACUGUAUUCAUGUGAAGGUAUAACUGCAGCUAUGUUUUACAUUUGAGUGAUGCAAGUGCACAUGCACCUCACAUAUUAGGGCUGGGUAUCGGUACUCAAUCACUUUAAGGUAUUGAUUGUAAUAUCCCAGUACCAAGUAAUGUUGAAACUUCUCUCUGGUUGAAAAAUGCCAGCAUUUGAUCUUUUUUGUACCGAGAUCUAGAAAAAAACAGCAUUUGUAUGGUUUUUCGCGCAGCCAACCACCACAAGCGUUCUUUGAUUUAUUGCGACAUGUGAUUGGCCCGCUGAACAACUGAAUGCUUCCAUUCAUAUGAUGUAGAAAAAAGGUAUCAAGGGAAGUCUAUUGGUAUCUGUAUCACUUUAAGGGAAGUGGUAUUGUAAUUAUUUUUAUUGAUACAUAUCAAAUAUACUGUAUACCCUUUUCUAACUAAAAUAACACAUCAGGUUAUUUAUUUGCAAAGAAAUAAACAUAAAAGAUACAAAACUGAAGUAAACAAGCAGAGGAGACAAUGGAAACCCCAGUUGUCUAUUUUGGGUCCUCCCCUGCUUACUAAAUGUUGAAUCACAAAGAGAAAAACUUGUCGGAGUCAAUAUAAGUGGGGUUUUCCAAUUUCAAGGGUUAACAGGGGACCAUAAGGCUAGUAUGAUAAGGGGAAAGGAAACUCACAGACAGGGUAAAACCUUCCAUACUUCCUCUAAAAAUUUGGUUAAUACACACAGUGUGUUCUAGACAUUUAGAAGUAAAAUUAUGUUGGCAACUUGGGUUGCUUUUAUUACUAUAAAAAAACACCAAUGAGUAAUGCUAUGCCAGUUCUUCAGUUCUUCUAGGACUAACAAAACUCCUACACCACUCUAUUGCUACACCCUGAUACUGAUAUUUUUACAUUUCCUGUUUUAAAAUGGGGAAAGUUCUUGACUUAAACACACAAACAGCACGACAUGUAUGUGUAUUGUACAUGGCAAUGCAGGGUAAUAUGUUAUCUAAAGCACUUUCUGUUAAACUAAUGUAGCACUACAACUGGAAAGUAGACAGACUUCAGAUGAAUAUUCUGUACAUGGUGCUCUGUGCUGAAUCUCUUGAUGGUGUGAGCAUUUCCUGUAUGACUGUUACUGCUGUUUCAAAACAGAAAGUUAGCACUUUAUGGAAGUACAUGAUGUACAAUUAGCACCAUAGGAAGAUUAGCUUAGGAUAGAAGAUAUAUUUUAAUAACACUAAAGGCAAUUACACAAUGAAAUAAAAUGAAAACAGUUAGAAUAGAUUUUAAAACAGAUGCUUCCUUCCUACAAAACUAAUAGGAAUUGCAGUUUCUCUCCGUGGCUUUAAGCAAACUGGCUGAUACAAAUGAGAUCAUGUCUUUUGAUCAUACAUACAUAUAAAUGCCCAUCAGGUUACUGUGGGUUGCAAAUAUUACUGUAAACAUCAAAGAAGCUAUCCUUUCUGUGUAAAGUAGGAUCCUUCUGUAUGUCCAUGUGUUUUUAGAGUUACUAACAUUGUUGAAUUAACAACAAACAUUUUGUCCAAGCCCCUUUUAUUUCCAGUCUAGAUGACAGGAACACGGGGAGGACCACCAGAGGGGAGUGCUGAGAAUGGGAAAGUGAUGUAGUAAGUCACUGAUAAUGAUUUUAUAUGUGAUGGUGAAGUGUGACAAUGAUGAAGCAAGGAUG